AUGAGCACUUGUAUUUUGCUUCAGUGCUCAAAAGCAUGUGAAAGUGCAGGUCGUCGUUACAGAGGAGGCACUGGUGGAGGCAGGAACUCUCGUGGUGGAGGAAACAGUGGAGGGUAUCGCGGUGGACAUGAUUUGCGCAACAGAGAAAGUCGUUUUGGAAGUGAUAGAAGCUAUGGGGGUGGGGACAAGAGUUAUGGGGGAGGGGAUAAAAGUUAUGGUGGCAGUUCUAAGAAUGGUUAUGGCAGUUAUGGUAGUCAGACGUCAUCAAAGGGACCAGGAGUUAAGCCUUUGAUGCAAAGCGUUGUCCAAACAGCACCACAGACCAAUGGCCACGCAGCACAUCCACCACCUCCAGCUGCCCCUGCUUCAGGAAAAGCUGCCCCAGCAACUAAUGGUUCUGGUGGCAUGCAAAACCUCCAGCAGAUGGCGAUGAUGUACAGUCAGUGGAUGACACAAGGUCGUCGUUACAGAGGAGGCACUGGUGGAGGCAGGAACUCUCGUGGUGGAGGAAACAGUGGAGGGUAUCGCGGUGGACAUGAUUUGCGCAACAGAGAAAGUCGUUUUGGAAGUGAUAGAAGCUAUGGGGGUGGGGACAAGAGUUAUGGGGGAGGGGAUAAAAGUUAUGGUGGCAGUUCUAAGAAUGGUUAUGGCAGUUAUGGUAGUCAGACGUCAUCAUCAAAGGGACCAGGAGUUAAGCCUUUGAUGCAAAGCGUUGUCCAAACAGCACCACAGACCAAUGGCCACGCAGCACAUCCACCACCUCCAGCCGCCCCUGCUUCAGGAAAAGCUGCCCCAGCAACUAAUGGUUCUGGUGGCAUGCAAAACCUCCAGCAGAUGGCGAUGAUGUACAGUCAGUGGAUGACACAAGGUCAGGCACCACCCACACAGGCUAACAGGAGUUAUACUGGCUACCAGUAUCAAUAG